GGAAGUGAGGUCCCUGGUCAGAAGGAGGUGAUCCCAGCUUGGCAGAUGGAGGAAUUCUAUACUCUGCUAGGAAUCCAGCCAUUAUGCCUCGUGGUCAGAAGAGUAAGCUCCGUGCUCGUGAGAAACGCCGCCGUAACAGAGGUGAGACCCAAGGUCUUAGGAGUGCUCAGGCCACCACAGGAGAGGGGGAAAAGACCACUCCUUCUUCCCCUCCUGUUUCUGGGGAUGCUUCUUCAGGCUCCCCUGUUCCUGGCACUUCCCAGGAGCCUCAGGAAGGCUUGGCCACCACCAGUGCUGCUGCACAUGUUUCACGCCCAAGAUCUAAUGGAGGUGCCAAACGCCAGGUUAAGGAAAGGAAAAAUUCCUUCCAGGCCUCAACUUCCAUUGAGAGUGUUCACAAAGAUCCUCUAACCAAGAAGGUGGGGAUGCUGGUGCAGUUCCUGCUGUAUAAGUAUAAAUUGCAGGAGCCCAUUAAAAAGGCAGACAUGCUGAAAAUCAUCCACAAAAGGUAUAGGGAGCACUUCCCUGAGAUCCUCAGGAAAGCCUCUGAGCGCAUGGAGCUGGUCUUUGGCCUGGAAUUAAAGGAAGUCAAGCCUGGCGGUCACUCCUAUACCCUGGUCAGCAGCCUAGACCUCACCGCCGAUGGCAAUGUGAGCAGUGCCUGGGGCUUUCCUAAGAAUGGGCUUCUCAUGCCUCUCCUGGGUGUGAUCUUCUUGAAUGGCAACCGCACCUCUGAGGAGGAAAUCUGGGAAUUCCUGAAUAUUCUGGGCAUCCAUGAUGGAAGGAGGCACUUCAUCUUCGGGGAGCCCAGGAAGCUCAUCACCCAAGAUCUGGUGCAGGAAAAGUACCUGGAGUACCGCCAGGUGGCCAACAGUGAUCCUCCACGCUUCGAGUUCCUGUGGGGCCCGAGAGCCCACGCCGAGACCAGCAAGAUGAGAGUCCUGGAGUUUUUGGCGAAGAUCCAUGAUACCGUCCCCAGCGCCUUCCCCCCACAUUACGAAGAGGCUCUGCGAGAUGAGGAAGAGCGGGCCCGAGCCAGAGCCACAGCUGGGGCUGCCUCUACUACCCGAGCCGGUGCACGUUCCCAGGCCAAGUCCGGCCUCUCCUCUCCUCCCUAG